CCAGGUUGCUGGUAUGUACAAGGGCAAGUGCUAUACAACCCCAGGGGAACAGGCCAGGGACCAUCGGAUGUUACGGAUGCCAUUCCUGGGAGAGCGACCCCAGGAGCAAUGGGUGACUGAGUUGGACAGGCUGGUCCAGCAGGAGAUAGAGCUGGACAACAGAUAUCGGGCUCUGCAAUGGUAUGCAGAGCAGAAAUAUUUAGGGGUGACAACAGAAUGCUCUCCGGAGGGAUAUGACUUUGCUGGCCCUGGAUUGCUGUGGGAGAGCCUUACAGAUCUUUUUGUGUUUGGCGAUGAAGGAGAACCUACACUUGAGGACCUGUGAGAAGACUAUGUUCAGUCUCACAGGGGUCUCAGAGCUUGAACCAGAUCUGGAAUACCUGCUUAUGAAAGAACAGCAUCUGGAAAGGACAUACAGGCAACUGCUAAAACAUGUCCAGCAGCAUGCCCAAGAAUCAGCAGUUCCAGAGACUGGGGCUUUGAUUAACUUUUGUGCUGAGGGGGAACCAGCCGGUGCGCCUCCAGCAGAAGAGCUGGCAACAGGGCCAAAUAUUGCUGAACUCUGCCCAGCACUGGUA